AUGGAGCCCACCAUCACAGAAGAUGAAAGCUUUGCGGAGCGCCGAAAACUAUUCAAAGAUAUCUGGUAUACCGCUAUGAAUAUGGAUGAUAACAAAGAAGGUGCUGAUGGUACAAGCAAACCCAAAGUUAUAAAAACAGUGAGACUACCCGAAGUUAACCAAUGUAUGGUGGGCAAGAAAAAAAAGCAUCGGCUUAAGAAUUUGAGAACUGUCUGCAACAAAUUGUUAGACUUUUGCGAUCAACAGGAUGCAGAUGACUUGUACUAUCGUCAGGUAAAUUGA